GUGUUCGCGGCGCGACAUGAUCGCCGGCCUGAUCCAAGAUCUGUCGCCGUCCUCGUUUCCCCCGAUCUGGCCAGCCAACCAGCCAGCCAUCCCAGCCAGCAUCCCCGAGCCCCCAUAGCCUCCUGCGGCUCACGCAUUAGAUCUGUCUGUUGCUCUGCGCGGCUGUCCCAAGGGCCCUUCUCAAUAGGCACAUACCCAUUUUUACGGCCAUCUACAACGAUGUUUGUCCUGUCGAUCCUCAAAGACAAUAUCCGGAUCCAUCCCAAGGACCUGCGGAAGCCCCGGGCCGAGGCCAUCACCGACGAAAUCAACAAAAAGUACUCCAACAAGGUCCUUCACAACGUCGGCCUGUGCAUACGGCUGUUUGAUCUGCUCGAGGUUGGCGACGGUGUUGUUUUCGCCUGCCAGGACGGCGCCUAUACCAGCGCAGUCAAGUUCCGAAUGAUAGUCUUUCGUCCCUUCAUCGGCGAGAUCAUCGACGGCAAGGUCGCCAACUCGUCCCCGGAAGGAAUCAAAGUGUCUCUUGAGUUUUUUGACGAUAUCAUCGUCCCGCCGUUCCUGCUGCCAGAGACCAGUCAUUUCGACAAGGCUGAAGGACACUGGGUCUGGAACUAUGAGGGCAACGAAAUGCCGAUCGAGAAGGACGAGCCAAUCCGUAUCCGCGUUGAGCGGGAGAUAUUUGUGGAUGCCGGGCCGGUCAAGGAAGCCAAGCGAGAUGAAGCCUCCCGCCCCGACGACGAUGAGGCCAACCGAACUGCACCGUACACCCUCGCAUGUUCGAUCCGAGACUUUGGCCUGGGUCUGCUGUCGUGGUGGCCCGACGACGAGGAGGACCAAGAGAUGGGCGAGGAGCAGGAGCAGUAAUGCAAUGCCCUUCGUCGUGUGCCUUGUGUCUAAUGCCUGCGACAGCCCGAGUACCUGAUGUGCAUCUAGCGGACACAUACAUUUCGUUUCUGCACCCCGCGCACAGAGUUGUGCAGCCACAGAGCCGACAUGUAGUUUCUGACGGUUGUGGCAGCACACAAUCCACUCCUGCCCGUGAUAAUCCAGCGCGAGCCCCA